AUGAGCCUUCGGGCAAAGCUGAGCCCCGCGGCCCAGAUCUUUAACGAUUUCAAACAGUUCUGUGAUGACCAACUCGCUUCUGUCAACGAAGAAAAGGCAGCCCUCGGAUCCAAAGGCGGCGGUUUGUUGAGCGGCCGCCCGACUAUUUUCCGCCACCUCCUCAACAGCGACCUCCCACAGUCUGAACUGGACGACGAUCGCCUAUCCAAGGAAGCCCGAGUUCUCAUCGGAGCUGGAACCAUUACCACGGCUGGAACAAUGUGUUUCAUUACCUACUACGUCAUGGCCAAACCCCACAUCAAGAAGCGUCUGGAAGAAGAGCUGGCGUCCAUCAUGGCGGACUACCUUCGCAGGCAGCCGACUUAG